AAACAUGUACAUUAGCGGAUAUGGCAAAGAACCUGGGCAAGUUGCUCGCCUUAAAACUCCGGCUUUCUCAUCGAAAUACACCUCUUACUGUAUCAGCUUUUCUUACUACAUGAUUGGACCCUAUGUUGGUCAGUUGGAGGUGAUUAUUGAGGAAAAGGUACGUGGUGUCGGUCAACCUAUUAGGAAUUUGUCUGGAAUACAAGGUCUUUACUGGAACAUAGGAUACAUUCAAUUCCAACCAACAGACUCAUUUAAGGUCAUAUUCCAAGCUAUUGUUGGAUCGAAUCCGUCCACUUCUUACAUUGGACUGGAUGAUUUAGAAAUACAAAAUGGAACGUGCCCAUUAACACCAAUGCCAACUCAACCGCCACCUAUAUUUAAAGAAUGUACCUUUGAGUCGAAUCCUGUUCUUUGUGGGUUUACAUCGUUGGAAAGGAAUAGAUGGAGUAAUACAAGAGCAACAUCAUCCAGUCUGCCAAACGAUCAUACUUUGAAUUCAGCUAAUGGUCAUUACAUCUAUUCAUCAAGUGACAAAUCUGUGCUGUAUUCACCAUUCUCACGUCAUCAGGUUCUGAAGCUUGUUUUUCUUUCUGGUAUUUCAUUGCCUCCGGAAAACAAGGAAAAAUUCGGAUAUAUCUUCAACCUUUAUACGGACACAUCAGAGAGCCGCUAGCAGUGAACUAUCAAGGACAUGGUGAUCAAUGGCAUUUGCAAAACGUUC